AUGCCUAAGCCCUACGCCCCACCAACAGAUAUCCUCUUUUCAAAUGGUUUUGACGGCUCCAAGGGCCAUGUGCAUGUAGCCACCGAAAUGGCACAAGCCCACAAUGUCCUCAUCCGUGGCCUCAACGCCAUCGUGCAGCAAGCUCCCCACGUUCCCGAUUCUUCUUCGUCGUCAUAUAAAGAACAGGAUGUCAAGGACCUUCUGGCCUACUCCAGCUCAUGGGUCAAGAUGGUACACCACCACCACGAUGUCGAGGAAAAGUACAUUUUCCCCGAGGUCGACACAAUAACUGGCCAGUCCGGCGUAAUGAACGAGCCCAAAGACCAGCACGAGCUCUUCCAACCUGGCCUCGACAGCCUCACAACCUACACCGCCACCGUCAAACCAUCCGAUCACAAAUGGGAGGGCCACGGUGGCAUGAAGGAGAUUUUUGACUCCUUCAGCAAGUGUCUAGUUGACCAUCUCUACGCGGAGGUGGACUUCAUCCUUUCUCUCGAGCACAUUGGUGAUGCCAUGGCGAAGGCCUUUGCUAAAGGCGAGGAUGUUGCCCAAAAAGUUGGUAGUCUCGACACGCUCUAUGACUUGUUCCCUGUCGUCCUUGGCUGUGCCGACAAGACAUACGGGGGCGGAAAUACAUUCCCUCCCGUACCCUGGGUCAUGCCAUACUUGGUCAAGUACUGGUUUGCUUAUGGCAAUGGUGCCUGGAGGUUCAACCCCUCGGACUGGUGGGGACAACCUCGUCCGCUAUACUGGACUGGUCAGCCCAAAUAG